AUGAAGAUUAAAUGCCAAUUUGGACGCGACACAUUCUCAGACAUUUCAUAUUCAUGCAAAAUCUUGAGUGAAAUAAUCAACGAAGAUGAACCUUUGGAAUUUGAUAUAAAGCAUGACGUUGGAAAAUCAAAUGCAGAUGUUAAGGAAAUCACAUUCGAGCACUGCAACAUGGCAAAAGUUCCAAAAGGACUCACAAAAAUCUUUCCAAAUUUCCAAACUUUAAUAAUUUCCUGCUCAGGGUUGGAAAAGUUGCAGCAAGAAGACAUGGCUGAAUAUAAAAAGUUAAAGAAAAUUGACUUUUCAAACAAUAGAAUUGAGUUCCUGCCGGGCGACUUGUUUGAUGAUUUUGAAAAUUUAGAAGAAAUUUAUUUCGAUGACAAUCAAUUGACAGUCAUUGAGCCUGAAUUGCUUGAUAAAUUGGAGAAAUUAAAGUACGCAAGCUUCGAUUACAAUCCAAACUUCACAUCCAGUGUCAAUUGCAACAAUAAGCAAGCUUUAGUCGACUUUAAGGAAUUGCUGCUUGAAAAGUUCUUAGAAAAUUCAGAAAAUGUCAAAAAUUAUCUUAAAAAGUCGAUCGAAAAAAGUCAAAACUUAAAAAUUGAAUUAAAAUUUGAAAAACAAAUAAAUUCUUACAUAACCUCAAAAUACCAAAAGUGCUUCCAUUCCGACAUUGAAGCUUAUUUACAAGAUAAAUCGACAAAGGACUUCCAAAUUCAAAUUGACGAGCACGAAUUCCCAGUCCACAAAUUCCUGCUAGCAGCUCGAAGCCCAACUCUGGCUGAACUACUGAAAAACAACCCUGAAGUUGAAAAUCUUGGCUAA